AAAUAACGAUGUCGGUCAAUGUAGAUAUUAGAGUGAAGAAAGCCAACAAAAUAUACUGUCAAGGUGUAAGUAAGGUUAUAUUAAAUUAAAAAGGAAGCGUUAUAAUAUUGUCUCUUUGAAGAAAUGGCUUGUAAGUGCGUGAGGAUCCGCGAAAUUUUCCGGACUCUAUUGUACAUAAAGAAUUUGCCUUACCGUUUAAACAAGCAGAAUAUAUUUCAAACUAAGAUAAACAUUCUCAACAGUACUCCACCGGUCCCGUUUUACUUGAAAAAAUACAGCAGCUACAAAUGCUGGAAUUGUGAAUUUGGAAGUGAGAGAUUUUCACUCAAGUGUCCCAAUUGUCAAAAGAUACAAAACCCUGACAAGAGGUGCAACUUGUUCGAUGUCCUCGACCAGCAGGUUGUGUAUGAUCUGGACGAGACUGAAUUAAAGAGGGUGUACAAAAAUUUGCAGGUCGAAUUUCACCCUGACAAAUAUGGACAGAGUUCAGAGAAAGAGCUCUUUAUGGCUGAGAACCUUUCGUCACUUAUUAACAAGGCUUAUUUUACACUCGCUGAUCCUUACGAGAGGGGAAUGUACAUUUUGCACCUGAAGAAUGUCGAUACCUCAGAGAGUGAUAUUGAGCUCAAUAGAGACUUCCUCAUGGAAGUCAUGGAGCGCAAUGAAGAACUUGAAAAACUAAUCGGGUCUCAACGAUUGGACGAAUUCGAUGAAGAGAUCAACAAAAAUAUAACCGAAAUUUCAGAAAACAUCUCCAACGCUUUUAAGGCCAAAGAUUUUGUCAUGAUGAAAGCAGAACUCCAACGAAUGAAAUAUUAUAUCAGCAUAAGGAAUAGAAUCAAAAAUAUGAAAAACAAAUUCUCUGAUAUCUAAAUGUACAUAUAUCGUUUUAUUGUAAUGUGGGUCAGUUAAUAAUUUUGUCAGAUUUUAAACAACAAUUAAAAGUUUUCGUUGGA